AUGGUUAUCCUCAUUACCAAUGUGGAAACAGAAACUCAGGGAAGAAACAAUUUGUAUUUUUUUGAGUCCACUUCAUUUGGAAAGCCUAUGUUGGAGUCACCAUAUAUGUGGGUUUGAACCAAACUUUUUGUUCAAGUAAGUCUAUGCACCUCAGAUCCAAAUUUGGUGGUGUUCCAGGAUACCUGCAGCACCACUCCGUCUGACUUUGCAUCUCCAACCUAUGACCUCAGCAAGAGUGGAUGUAAUUGAGAUGAGACUUGUAAGGUGUAUCCCUUACCUCGACACUGUGCAAGAUUCCAGUUUAACUCCUUUGAAUUCUUGAGGUGACUGGGCUCCGUGUAUCUCGAGUGUAAGGUUUCUAGUGGUAGUAGUAAUCAGUCUCGCUGCAACCAGACAGUUUUUCUGAAAAAAAGAGACAUUUCUUCAUACAAAUAGAAGACUAAUUCUGUCAUAGUAUGCAUUCAUCUGAAAAGGGAUUGACGGGCAAGUGGAAAUUCAGAAUUCAGUAUCAAACGCAUUGAAACUCAGAUUCAACCUUUUAACAAUCUGCAUCUGUUUUCGUUCAUGGUCCUUGUUCUGAAUAUUGUGAUUGUGGCUACAAUUCUAGCAAGGCAUUUUGUGAGUCAGAGAACAGACUACAAAGUCCAGAAACUGCAGGACUAUUAACUAAAAGGUUCAGACUUAAGUGAAAUGCAUUUCUCCUGAGUGUCGAAGAAGUGCUACCUCGUGGCUAGAUACAUAAGGAAUAAAUUAAGGAGGGCCCCAUAAAAGAGGGGGAAAAACCUACAAACCACAUUCAAGAAAAUUAAAAAAUAAAAAAGAAUCUCCUUCCAUGAGACCUUUACACUGAACCUUUUAGGACAUAUUCAUUUCUACUCUAUGUGCUAUUUUCUGGAGUAUACCAUAGCUUAAAUAAUAAUGCAAAAAUGGAUUCACUAAUGAUUCCUAUAUUUUACGUGCACAACACCUAGGCCUCUGUCAUCAUCGGAUUGAAUCCCAAUCUUCUAUAGCUGAAAAAUAACAUUUCCAUAUUUAUUUCUUUAACGCCUUCAUCUUAAGAGCCGGUGUUCUACAGAGAGGAUAUUAUACUAGGACUACUCGACUCUAAGGUGGUAUUUCCUUGUGGAGGUAACCACAUUUCCUCCUUUGUUAUUAAACUGGGGAGGCAGUCUUAGAUGGAUAAAACAAGAAGGAAUUGGAUGCUAAAACAAUUUUCCCUGUACUCCCCAGCCAUCAGUACUUAGGUUGACAGGUUAGCUACCAUUUUGCUUGCCAUGUAAAGGUACAGUGUGGAAUUAGGUUAAUCUUCACUUCAAAAAUCUGAAGACGUUUGCCAGUUGAAUUUAGAGUACAUUAAGCAACCAUUAAAUGCCCUUUUAUCAUGUUUCAGAUCAUGAGAGGCUCGCUGCCCUCAAAUUUGUGUGAAAAGUCAGUUGCCUCAGGAAGUCCUAGGAGUUCAAAAGCUGUCAGUGCAAGUGUUCCCAACCCAAGGCCUGGGAUGGCAGCUGUGACUUGGUUCCCAUGUCACCAGGCCCUACAGCACAGGAGAUCAGCUCCGCCUGCCACAAAGCCUAAAGGGCAUGAGACUACAUUGAUAGAUUUGGGCUUGGAAAGUGUAAACACAUAAAAAUAUGCAUUUUUUUUUCUUUGAGCAUGAUAUAGUCUUUUAAUUGGUUAAUAUAUGAUUUUUUCUUCUAGUGUCAUCCACUUAAAUAAUUUUUCCAUGUUAUAAAGUAAUACUUGUUUAUUGAAGGAACAUAUUUACUGAAGAAAAUCCAUGUUUAUUCAGGAAGAAUACAGGCAAGGAAAAAACACAAAUGUUAAAU